AAGCGCGAGGCGGGGCGGGGCGGAGCAGUGAGGCGCUGCGCUGGCGCCCGCUCCCAGCCUCUUCCCGCGGGCCGGCCGGGUGGCGGCGGCAACGGCGUAAUGGGCUGCUUCUUCUCCCGCCGCAGGAAGCCGGCCCAGGGCGGCCAGCAGCAGCAGGAGGAGGCGGGGGCCGGGCAAGAUGCGGCGGCCGGUGGGGAGAAGGCGCCGCAGUACAGCUGGGACCAGCGAGCCAAGGUUGACCCCAAAGAUUACACUUUUUCCGGACUUAAAGAUGAAACUGUGGGUCGACUGCCUGGAAAAGUAGCAGGGCAACAAUUUGUCAUCCAGGACUGUGAGAACUGUAGUAUCUACAUAUUUGACCAUUCUGCUACAAUCACUAUUGAUGACUGUGUAAACUGCCAAAUCUUUUUAGGACCAAUAAAAGGCAGCGUGUUUUUCCGUGACUGCAAAGAUUGUAAAUGCAUAGUGGCCUGCCAACAGUUUCGCACUCGGGACUGCAGAAGGCUGGAGGUGUUCUUGUGCUGUGCCACCCAGCCCAUUAUUGAGUCUUCCACAGGUAUGAGGUUUGGAUGUUUCCAGUACUAUUAUCCUGAGCUUGCUUUACAGUUUAAAGAUGCUGGACUGAGUAUCUUCAAUAACACAUGGAGCAACAUCCAUGACUUUACCCCUGUGUCAGGAGAAAAUAAUUGGGGCCUUUUGCCUGAGAAUGCUGUAGUCCAAGAUUACGUUCCUCUGCCCAGCUCUGAGGAGCUGAAAGCUGUCAGAAUUUCUACCGAUGCUAUGAGGAGCAUAAUACCAAUAACUCGAGGGCAGAGACAGAAAAGCAGCGAUGAAUCGUGUUUGGCCGUGUUUUUUGCCGGUGACUACACAACUGCGAAUGCUAGGAAGUUAAUUGAUGAGAUGACUGGCAAAGGCUUUCAGCUGGUACAGACCAAAGAAGUCUCAAUGAAGGCAGAGGAUGCUCACAGAGUUUUCCAGCAGUGUGCAUCAGAAUUCAUUCCGCUGCUUGAAAAAGGUCCAGUGGUUGCUUUGGAGUUCAAUGGAGACGGUGCUGUGGAAGGAUGCCGAAGCACUAUAAAUGAUGUUUUUAGCGGAACCAAGGUUUUUGUAUCGGAGAGCAAGGCAUCAGCAUCUCAAGAUGUAGACAAUUUCUACAACUUUGUUGACAUGCAGAUGGGAAUGUGAAGUUUAACAUGAAGGUGUGCAUAUAUGUUUUGUCUCGGCACUUGGAUGUCACUUGGUUUGAAUAUUGCAGUAGUAUCUGAGAAGUUUUGUCAUUUGGUUUUGUAUUUCUCAUAUGUCGCUUUUAUAAAGCUAUCAGUGGUUUUAAUACCAUAUUACCUGGAGUAAAUGGCGUAGCUCCCCACGUGCAUUGUGUUUGAAACUUAUGUUUUGACUCCAGAAACAGUGGAGGUUUUCUACUAACUUUUUACGGUGAUUUCUAAACCUCUAUGGACACUUGAAUGUUUCUUGUCAACAUCUAAUGGUGAGAGUUAUUUGAGAAGUGCAAUGCUGAUCCAAAUUUGCUGCAGUAGUAAUUAUCUUUAACUCAGACACACUGUUUAGAAAGUGCAUUUAUGUGAAACUCACUGUUCAAAACCUUCCCACAAUGCAAAUUUGUCUUCACUGGGGGCCAGGGAGGAAGCUGAAGUCGUUGACUUUUUCUGAAAGCCUAGUCUGAAAUGAAUUCUCCUGAUAGCAUGCUUUCAGAAGCAGUGCAUGACUUAUAAAAUGUACAUCUGGCUUAUUCUGCCUCAGCAUCUUUUUUGAAUAAAGUUGUUUGCAGCAGCGUUUAUGCUGAGAGCUGUCAUAACAGCGUUCUGGUAAGUGAGCAUUUGCCAGGCUCUUCUGCUCUGAGGUGAAUUCUGAGCACGAGUGCUCUGCUGAAGAUGGUCCAUGGUCCACUCAGGGUCUCUGGCAAUAAAGCUGCCUCUGGUAUUACCAAGUCAUGUAUUGGCAUAUGUGUGAGGUUCGCUUGGACUCGGAGCAAUGAGUCUCUGGCACUGUUUUUGUUUGCUAGGAGGGACGUACAGCAACCAGGAGUCAGAGAAGGGCUCUGGCGGCAUUCAAAAAGCUCUUCCUCGCUAGACCCCAGGAGAAGGGUUUUACACUUGGUGGUAGUAGUACUGAAAAUUUGCCUGAAAAGUACUACACACUGCUGUAGGGUUUAUUUUGGAUUAAUUCUAAAAACAGACUGAAGAAGUGCUACUAGCAUUUUGGGAGAUGCAUUUGAAUAGUGAUCAGUAAGAAUGCUUUUUGCUACAUAGUGCAUGUUAGAAUGCAAAUCUAUACGGCUAUUAAAUGCAAUUGAUUUAUUUUUUCAUAUUACAAUCUUACUGAUUUUUCUGUACGAACUUAAAGCUUAUGUCCAGGUUUACAAGCCCUCUGUAAUACUUGAGCAGAUUUUUGCGUGCAGAUUCUCAAAACCAAAUUUCUUUAUUAAAAUUGUGGCUUGCCAAAUUAUGUAGGCUUUACAAUCCAUUGAAUGCACUGGGGCUGUGUUGAGGUGCUAAAGCAAUAAUUUCUUCGUUAUGGUCAGCUGUCAAAAGGGAAGGUCUUGUGCAUCUUAACGGAAAACAAGUCUCGUUUCAUCAGAUUCACAGCUCUCGAGCUCCAAAGGUGGGUGGCUAAAAACACAUCUCUCUCUAAUUCUUUAGAAUUAGCAUAUGAAAGAAUACGUUCUCCUGAAAUUCAUAAUUAUGUCAUGCCCAAGAGAUGUUCUGAGCUCUCACUAUGUUGCUACUAGGCAAAUGCUUGCCCUUAGUUUAAACUAUUUAUCAAGAAUGUGUCCUUAGGACCUCUUAAUAAAGUUACGCAUAGAUUAAAUAAGGAAGGGCAUCUCCUGAAGUCACUAAGCCAUUGAUGUACUGAAGGUAAUGCCACUUCUGUGAAAUGUUGUGGGUUUUUUUUUUUUAUUUGACAAAGCGAAAUGAAAUCUAAUUGCCACCAGAGUCUGACUGGUAGUAGAAAUUGCCACUUAUUUGCACUUAGCCAGCCAGGAGUGUGUUUAUAUAAUGUGUGAGGAGAGGCUGUGAAAACAGCUAAAAAUCUUAGAUCUGUCCCCAAAGUACUAGCACAAUUUGUCAAUGAACAUUUGCAGGAACUAUUUUAGACACAUGCAGUAAAUGUAUUUUUCUGGUAUGGACAUAUGGACAGUACAUUAGAACUGUGUACUGUACUUCAGAACUGUCAUUGUGUAGUUUUUUGAAGCAGUGCAUAUAUUGGACCAUCUUGGUCUCUAAACUUUUACAUAUAACAUUACAAAACUUACACGCUGACAUAUGAUUAUAUGUAUGUUUAUAGUUUGUCUUUUGCAUCAUCAACCUGCUCUGGAAACAAAGUGCUAAAUUGAGUCUUGUGACUACUUUUCCUGGAGGAGAGGAUGAUUAAUUGAAAAUAAAUCUAGGCUUGAAAACAGUGGAAAAACAUUUCUAUGUGGAAAGAGCAGAGUAUUGUGGUUUGGUUUAGUUUUGUUUUGUUUUGUUUUUUUUUUUUACAUUGAUAGCCUGCUUACCAACAUACCUUACCAACAUAAAAAAUCCUACAUAAUGAAGGAGCUUCUCAAUCCAAUUAUUUAUCUUUUGACUUCAAUUUCUUAUUAUUAGCUGUUAAGAACACUUCUAGCCUAAGCAUCAGGUAUUGUGUGUGUUACAGAACGGUACGUGCUUCAUGUAGUCUUUGUACGUUUGUUGUAUAGCUUUUUAUGUAAUUUGUAUUGCACUGUGAAUGUCAGUCAUAAUAAA